AUGCAUUGGAAAGGCCUGCGGCUUGUGGCCGAUAGCUCCAAACGUCAAAGUACCAUUGAACCCCAAUCCCAGUCCCGCCGCAGUGAACAUUUGCCACGUCCAAGCCCACCGGUGUCCGACCCAAGACUCUCGGAGUCUACUGCCCGCGGUCCAGGGCUGCCCCCGAUCGAUGGAACCGACGAUUCGAGACUCGGAGUGCCCACUGAUGUUCCAGACCAUGGGGCUGAAUCGGACUUCGCGGGCCCCUCCUCUGCAGAUACACCAAGCUUGCGACGGAAUCGAUUCAGCUUCAUGAGGUUACGACAUGCAUCCGACCCGCAGCUGUCCAAGAGCUACGCCAAGGCUGGCCAGCAGGAAGCUCCACCAGUGCCCUCCUUGCCGCCCCCUAAAAUCAUCACCACAGCCCCCACCAGCCACGAUCUCGAUCAGCCCACCAAAGAACUACCCAUAUUCAACAAGCUUCGACCUUCAUCACGAAAACAUUCCAUGGAAGAGCUAUCCCGGAAUUCAACAGACCAGACGAGGAUGAAACCAUCGCGAAAGAAUCAAGGGUCAACCGACUCGCAGGUCGAUUCCAGCCUCUCGACAUUCCAGGGUAAUAUGGAGGAACCGGGGCGACUUUCAACAACGUCAUUACGCAGUGGAAGUCGAGACCAGAUGAACUUGAACGAUUCACAGCGCUCUUCAGUCACAGACCCCCGCUUCUCGGAAUCGUCACGCUCCGACCAGAGCUACGGUGACCAGGCCGCAUAUCGCAGCAACUCCCCACGAGAUGGCUUCGGAUCAACGUCAAGCGCCAAGCGAGGAUUCCGUCUCCCACGACUGAAGCGGAAUCGCAGCCCUCUAUUCCCCCUUCCUCCGAAACCCCCACCGGGACAGUCAAUCCUGAAUGGCCCCAAAUUCCCACCAGCAGAUACCCCGAAAUCCGAUGGGUCUGGAGACCAUGAUCAAAUCUCGCCUCUCCCCUCACCGUCUCGCUCCUCCGUGGGGCUUGGUACCUCAGGUCAACCAACGCUAUUUCGCAAUGAUUCGACCAAUUCCAAUCACUCCACUCGAUCCAAUCCCUCACAUAAAGGUCGAGGCAGAUCGUCCACCAUGGGGUCCGUCGCCGAAAACCAGGACGACUUGUCUCCAGUUCCAUACUUGGUGUCAUCGGGACGCACCUCCACUUCAACGACCGGCCGCAAGAGCUUUGGUGAUCUGUUCAGUAUCUCUCAGCGAUUGAGACAAAACUCGGAACCCCCAAUUCCCCGCCAUGGGUCACCUGGCCUAGGUGGAGCAUCAACUCCGAUUUCGAAGCCGGAUUUGCCGCCGGUCCCGCAGAAGGAAGAGGGCGACACGCCAGCUAGCUACCUGACAAGACUGGAAGAAAAUGUGCCUCGAGGCAUGGUUGGUGGGAUACUCUCUCAAUCAGGCGACGAGUUCUUUAAAGUUGCUCUGCGGAAGUAUAUGCGGUCGUUUUCUUACUUUGGUGAUCCAAUGGACAUGGCUAUUCGCAAACUCUUGAUGGAAGUCGAACUGCCAAAAGAAACACAGCAAAUAGACCGGUUUCUGCAGGCGUUCGCAGAUCGAUAUCAUGAAUGCAACCCGGGGAUUUUCGCAACCACAGAUCAAGCUUACUUCAUUGCUUUUUCAAUAUUGAUUCUUCACACCGAUGUCUUCAAUAAGAACAACAAGCGGAAGAUGCAGAAGCCAGAUUAUGUCAAAAAUACCCGUGGCGAGGGUGUCUCUGAUGAUAUCCUGGAAUGCUUCUAUGAAAAUAUCGCCUACACGCCAUUCAUUCACGUGGAAGAUGCCAAUUUACGCGAUCGUCACCUUGCCAAGCCCCGUCGCGCGUUGUUUAAGAGCACCAGCACUGAGAAUUUAUCCCGGAUAGCACGGGAUCCCGUUGAUCCUUACACAUUAAUUAUGGAUGGCAAGCUUGGGGCACUGCGCCCAAGUCUGGGAGAGGUGAUGGAUCUUGACGAUUCGUACAAUCAUUUUGGAACCGCUGGCCCGCCGGAUAUCGAUGACCUGCACCAAGCUUUUACCAAGUCUGGAAUUUUGCAGAUUAUUUCCUUGCGUUCUCGUCCUGAUGCCUUCAUGCAAACAAGUCUGGAUAAUCCUGCAGAGUCAAAUCCAGGUCUGGUUGAUAUCAAGGUCGCGAAGGUUGGCUUGCUUUGGCGAAAAGACCCGAAAAAGAAGCGGGCUCGUUCGCCCUGGGCCGAAUGGGGCGCGGUUCUCACCUUCUCGCAGCUCUACUUCUUCCGCAAUGUCAACUGGGUGCGUUCAUUGAUGGCACAACACGAGAACUACGUGAAGAACGACCGGAAAGGCACGCUGGUGUUCCGGCCUCCGCUCGCUGAAUUCAAGCCCGAUGCCAUCAUGUCCACCAAUGAUGCCGUUGCCCUGUUGGACACGAGCUACAAAAAACACAAAUAUGCGUUCAGUUAUGUCCGCCACAAUGCAUUGGAGGAAAUUUUCCUUGCGUCGUCUGAAUCGGAGAUGAACGAUUGGAUUUCCAAGCUUAACUAUGCAGCAGCAUUCAGAACGACAGGUGUCCGCACAAAAGGCAUGAUUGCCACAAACUACGAGGGUCAACGCUACCGUACAAGCCAGCGGAUCGAAACCGCCUCGCUCAAUUCGCAGCAUUCACCUGAGAAGGAGCCUCCGUCGCCAAGCAUUGCCACUGAUAUUGUUGCCGAGUUCGUUGCUGCCCGCAGACAACUAAUGAGCCAAAAGAUCCGAGAAGCAAACGAAAAGCUUUUCGUCACACAGAAGCAGCUCGAAGAACUCUUGCGGAACGCCCGCCACCUUCAAAUUCUGACUCCAGUCAAUCCCCGGGCUCGUGAGAACGUCAUCAUGGCUGCAGGAAGAAUGGCAGCGAAACUCAAAUGGGUCAGACAGGAUCUUUGGCGUAACAAGUGCUAUCGUGAAGUGCUUCUCCGGGACAUGGGCGAGGAUGAGAGCUUUGUUGAGGGACGGUCCAGGUCUGUUGUUGAACAGCCGGCAUCUGAGGAUGCAGCACGGCUUGCCUCCAUCUCGGGGCCCUCAGUGAGAUCCGAAUCUGGCGUAGGUCGGGCUCCUAGUAUUGUUCACACGGCUUCUAGCCAUGAUACACACGAGCCGCCUGUGGUAUCCGUUGAUCAACCUGUUGAUCUUGGCCUCCUACACCAACCAUCCACAGAUGAGAUGCGUCGCCCAAGUCUCCCGGCUUCGACUACCUCAUCUGAUGCUGCUCGUGUUGGUCGCCCACUUUCAAUUGCUGCUCUGCCAGACAAGUUCCCGGACGGACAAACUCAGUUGGAGCGUGAGUCCUCUGUUCUUAGUCGUGGUAGUAGAUUUGACGGGGCUAGUCUUGGCUCUCGAGCAUCUAAACUCACCUCCCCGGUGAGCUUCGAUGAAGGUGAGGAACGGCUUCUCAGAGAAACUGGCUUGUUGGAUCUGAGUGGCUCGCCUCCACCACGGAAACCAUCCAGCAAUGUUGCCGAAUCGGAAGGUGAGGGCAAGCCGGAUGAGUCUGCGGAAGUUUCUCAAGGUGACAGGCCUAGCCGAGUGCGACGCAGUCUCCACCGCACUCUUCGUGAUUCACACCACCACAUGCCUCGCCAUCACUCUCGUAGCAAGAAGAACCGAGGAUCGGUGUCUAGCAUCCCGACACUUGACGACGAUGAAAGUAUGAAAGAUGGUGAAAUACUGUCUCGGAAGACACCUAGUUUCACUGUUCAUGGUAAAAAGGCAUCCAUCAUCACCUUUGGAUCCGAGUGGCAGAACAUGCCCCCGGAAGAACGCCUGAAGCUCCGGAAGCCAACGCCUCACGAGGAGCCGCGAGCCUCCGAACCUGCUAUACUUGGCAGCAACGAAUCGGCCACUUCAUACACACCAGGCGCGCGGCCCCACUCUAUCCGAAGCGCGAGCACGACAACGAGGCUCAGUUUCUGUAGCGAUGAUGAGCCAACUCUCGACUACUUCAAGGACGCAUACGAAACUUUCGGUGGGGAGCUGCCCACCCCCACUCGUGAAAAGGAUUUCUUGGAUCUCUCGAUUCCACCCGAGGACAAAGACCCAGAACAACGUUCGGAGGAAAACACACUCCGUCCAGCAUCGAGUUCUGGCUCCGCAAUCUUCGGUCCCCGCCUCAUAGCAACUGAUGACAAACCUCCUUCAUCCACCAAUUCGCUCGGUGAACGAGCUGUGGACACACCCUCCUCUGAAAACCUACGGCAGCAAGCUGUAGGAGCAUGA